AUGCGCAGCUCUCUCUACCUCACCCGUUGUCUCCCUCUUGUCCUGACCACCUUCCUCUUCUGUUACUUCGCCCUUCAGUGCUCCUCCAACCUCCUACAACUCCAUCCAAUAUUAUCUCGACUCUCUGAACGGGCUGAUGCUUUGCAUGAAGCCCUCAUAUCCCCUCUGGCCUCCGAUCGUCACCCUCCGCUACGACCCCUUGUCGGCGAGUCAAACGCGUCUGAUGAGCUGGCGGUCAAGACCAUCAAACACCUCUCCCAUCUUCCCCCGGGGCUCGCAAAUACCAUCAACAGCUACGAAAACUACCACCACCUUGCCCUGGACGUCAUCUUCAAGAAAGAGUCUCGCUACCUCCGGCAGUCACCCACGAAGAUCGCCCUAUCUCAGAAGCUGGGGUACGACAAACACUUUGAUGCUGCACGCAAGGGAAUAGCGGUGAAUGCCAAGUUUGCGACUGAGGUGGCAAGACAUGCGAGGGACGUGUACAAGGUGGGGGAAAGCGAGAUCGGGGAAGAGGAGGACGCGGACUACCAUUUGGUGGACCUCUCGUUCGGGCACUUGUCGAGGGAUUGGUCCGCACAAGGAAAGCCGGAGAGGGAUGCCGUAUUCCCUCCUGUGCUCGAGGCGCUCUCACACUUCUUCGGUCCCCAAGCGAAUGGAUUGAGCAGUGGCGGGAAGCGGGUGCUCGUACCAGGGAGCGGGAUGGGCAGGUUGGCGAGAUUCGACGUUACCGCCAAUGAGCUCGAUUACGGCUCCAUCGUCACCUAUCGUCUUCUAGUCAACAGCUCCCUCACUCCGUCACUACACACGCAUUCGCUACACCCCUUCAGCACGAAAUGGACACACCAAGCACUUCCCAACGCGCGCUUUUCGCGUAUCACCUUCCCCGACCAUCGACCUAACGUAGACGUCAAGCUGGUGGAGGGGGACUUCCUAGAUGUGUUUGAACACGAAACAGGGGUGUUUGAUGCUGUCGUGACCCUCUUUUUCAUCGACAUGAGCCAGAGCGUGAUUGACUUCCUGGCAAACAUCCAUAGGCUGUUGAAGCCUAGAGGACUGUGGGUCAACCUCGGACCGCUGAAAUGGGGCACCCAUGCGGACCUGCAACUCUCAGUGCUUGAAGUACUCGAGCUUGCUGAGCUGCUCGGGUUUCACGUCGAUCACACUUCCCGGAAAAGCAUCGACAGUGUAUAUGCAGCGCAACCGGACACGCUGUUGAAGUUCACUUAUGUAACACAGUUUUGGACGGCAACAAAGCGGAUGUGAAGCGUAUUCGGAUGAGCGAGGGACACUUGUGCCGUAUUAUCAGUCGUCACUAACACUCGCAAUGGGAUAUGAGAAUGUGAUGAGCUGCAGCACCAGCCCGCACUACUCGCUUCAUAAGUGCGUCCGGUAAACUGCGGCUCCGUUCAAGGAAUGAGGGAGGGACAGUCUUAGAUGAAAUCGCACCAGUGAGGUGGAAGGACACGGUCACGCCGGUCCAGAAUGAGUGACCACAAAUGACAAUGCCAUCAAGGCGU